AUGGCCCGGGGGCUGGAGCUAUUCCGAGGGAAUCCAAAGGGCUUAUCAUGCCACACAAGAUGUGUGACUGGGACUCCAGCUUCCCAGACUCUGUCUCACACUUACUGUCGUAACCCGCGCUCAGGGUCGCGUUCCUUCACUGAGCCCCGCAUUGAGGCGCCAAUUGUCGUAUCCCGCGGGCUGGGGCCGCUCGUCCAGGCAUUUGGCGGUCUGGAGUGUUUUCAGGUUAAUACACUUCCAAUUCCUACCUCAUUGCCUGGGGAGGGGGCAGAGUGUGGGGCUCCAUUGGCUGCGUCCAGACUUCCUGUCGUUGUUUCUGGUGCUCACAGAUAUGAACCACUACGGAUUCCUACACAGUAUUUGUGGAUUUUCCUAUUUCAUCAGCCGGAGGAGCAGCCAUCCACAAUGAGUUAUGCAAGACACAUCAUUAAGAAGGAAGGCUUGGGGCUCCAGGGCCUCUACAAAGGAUUUACAGCAACUUUGGGACGUCAUGGCGUUUUCAACAUGGUUUAUUUUGGCUUCUACUACAAUGUCAAAAACAUUGUUCCUGUCAAUAAGGAUCCAACCUUGGAGUUUUUGAGAAAAUUUGGGAUUGGUCUUCUCUCCGGCACAAUAGCCGCAGUCAUUAACAUCCCUUUUGAUGUUGCCAAAAGUAGGAUUCAAGGGCCUCAGCCAGUUCCCGGAGAGAUCAAGUACAGAACCUGUUUUAAAACAAUGGCAACAGUCUAUCAGGAAGAAGGGAUUUUAGCUUUGUACAAGGGCCUGCUUCCCAAGAUUAUGAGGCUUGGACCAGGCGGUGCAGUGAUGCUGCUGGUGUAUGAAUACACCUAUUCGUGGCUUCAGGAGAACUGGUGAUUGCCUACGAAGUGCUGAAAUAAUGGAUCUUUGCCGUACAGCACCGUGAGGAGGAUCCAUCAGCUCAGCUAAGAUUAUAAAUCCUCCUUCUACACUUACAUACAAUUUACUA